AGCCUUUCGGCGAGAACGAUACACACUGCGUAUACGGGACGUUUUUUCUACUCAUCCUUCCUUUCUUUCUCUCCUCUUCUUCGUCCUAUCUUCUUGUUGUCCCCAAAACUCGUGCAGUGUAUUCGUGUUAUGUUAGGCCUCCGCUGGUACUUUGCACUCGCGUGUUUAUUACUUCCGAGAGAUAAUUGAUCCGUCUAAUCGAAACUACACAGUGCUCACGCACGAUUAAAUUCAUUCCGUGAACAGAACGACGUACGUUACAUAAAGCUGACGAAAAUGUGGGACCAGUAUAACGCAAUAUUGCGAGGAUUAAAGGUUUCUCUAGUGUAAUCUAUUCGAUGUUGUUCACGGAUAUUUAAUCAAGGUGAUAGCGCCUACGCGACGAACAAGUGCCAGAGAAUGCAUUUCUAUACUCUAUGAAUUGUAAAGUAAUAGAAAGUGCUCGUUAAGGUAUAAGCGUUACACGCGAAUGUAUUUUGAAGCUUUCUCGAUGUGAUUGGACAGUGAUGGUGCAGCAUUAUUUUUACCGUUCGUAUUAUAGAUAAAAGUGAGAAACGGUGACUGAAAUGUUAAACGUUUGGAAAUUAAAGACUGACCGAUUUAAAUACACAAUUUAUACGCAGUUGUGAACUGGUCAGUUAACAUCUAUAUGCUGAAAUUACUGACCCGAUAAUCACGUGCGAUCGAAAUGUCAGUAGACGCGUAAACACGCUAAGAGUGCACGCGGUUAGCAGCAUCGCUGUCAUUUCACUCAGAGAAACGAGAGAAUGCAAACACAACGCUGAUGAGUCAGUCGGUCGUGCCUACCAGGUGCGCUUACAUCCAUAAACAGUUCUAAUGAUUCGACUAUCGAGCUGCGUAAUUUGAUCCGCUGCUCCUAUAAAGCGCCCGUUUGUUUUAAAACUAUCGUCCACUGUGCGGCGAUACAUUGAACCGAUAUCCGGUGCACAGUUGUUCAGCAUUCCAACAGGACGUGGUGUACUAUGCAUAAACAUUAACGCGUUCCAAACCGGAGAAAUUGCUGGAUCAACGUAAACAAGUUAAAAGAAAAAUAGAAGAGAGACAAUAAAUUUACCUGAUAAUAUUAUAAAUAAAUUAAACGAGAUACUUACGUGUUUGCAAUUUGUUUGCAAAAUGUGGAACGCGCUGAGAGAAUUUCUGGAACAGUUCCUGUUACCAGGAUUAUUCCUAGUGAUUUUAUAUUACUUCUUCACUUCGACCUUCGACUUCUGGGAGAACCGAGGCGUGCCAUUUCGAAAACCGACCGUGCUCUUCGGCAAUUUUGCACCCAUGCUCCUGUUCCGGAAAUCUCUACCGGAAGGCAUUAACGAGAUGUACGAAUGGUUCAAAGACGAAAGAUUUUUCGGGGCGUUUCGCGUCAGGACGCCGGUGCUGAUCCUACGAGACCCGGACCUAAUCAAGAAUAUUUGUGUCAAGAAUUUCGCUUGCUUCUCGAACCGUGGCAUACCGGUCAAUUCUCAGGAUCCAUUGUCCGCUCAUCUGUUCAACCUGGAAGGAAAGAAAUGGAAGAGCCUCAGAUCCAAGCUGACUCCAGCCUUUUCAUCCGGCAAACUGAGGAGGAUGUUUUAUCUUCUGGCGGAGUGCAGCGAAGAGUUUCAGAAAUUAAUUGGCGCAUCCUCGAGGUCUGAUAGGCCGUUUGAGGUUCGCGAAUUGGCGGCGAAAUUUACAAUAGACGUCAUUGGUACCUGCGCGUUCGGCAUACAAAUAAAUGCGCUCACCGACGAGGAAUCCGAGUUUCACAGAGCAGCGACCAAACUCUCGAAGCCGAGUUAUAAGGCCACGCUCUGGAGGAUGCUUAGAACGGCCGUGCCGAGAUUGUACAAGCUUUUAGGCGUUCAGGUGAUCGAUCCUGGUGUAACGAAAUUCUUCAAAGACGUCGUAUCGCAGAUGAUCAGCCAACGAGAGGAAAAUGACAUUAAGAGGCACGACUUCAUGGACUUGUUGAUCGAACUGAAAAACAAAGGCACGUUAGAAAGCGAUUCGGGAAAUGGGCAGAUCUGUAACGACGAGGAUGCAGAGACGACUGAAGAAAUAGAACUGGACGAGAACAGUAUUGCCGCUCAAGCGUUUGUAUUUUUCGUCGCUGGUUAUGAAACUUCCUCGAACACCAUUGCGUUUUGCCUUCACGAACUAGCGCUGAAUGCUGAAAUUCAAGAAAAGACGAGACGCGAUAUUCACGACGCAAUUAACAACAGAGGUGGCAAAUUAACUUAUGAUGCGGUCCAGGACAUGAAAUACCUUGAUAUGGUGAUUUCAGAAACACUCCGGAAGUACCCACCGGCAUCGCUGCUUUCCCGAAGAUGCGAGUAUCAAUACCAAAUACCAAAUACAAAAGUCGAGUUACCAGCGGGUAUACGGGUAAUCAUACCAAUCUAUGGGCUUCAUCAUGAUUCCGACUAUUAUUCGAAUCCGUCAACUUUUGAUCCUGAAAGAUUCACGGAAGAGAACAAACGAACGAGGCAUCCGUACACAUAUCUUCCGUUUGGAGAGGGACCACGAAAUUGCAUAGGAAUGCGAUUCGCGCUCUUACAAAUCAAGGUAGGUAUAAUAUCGUUUUUAAGAGAUCAUCGAGUGGAGAUCUGCGAAAAGACUGUCACGUCGUUCAAGUUCAGUAGACGCAGUCUCGUAACUUCGAGCGAGAGUGGAUUCUGGCUCAAGAUAGUACAACUUUUAAAAUAGAACAUCACCAUUCAGGUUUAUUACGUACUUAAUAUCGGUACGUCCAGUGGUUAAUUUUCAAUAUUGACUGUUUAUUGUAUUUUUUUACUUAUACACUGCACUGCAAAUAUUAAAUACGUUGGUGCCUUUACCUUUGUCUUUUGAACAAAGCAAAGAUUGUACUUUAUUUUGGAUCAAUAAUUUACAAAUUUUUGGUAAGGUUUGAGAUUUGUAACAUACUUUUAUUACGUUUAUCUUAACUGAAACUUUUUUUUACAAAGAUUCAUCAUUCCUUAAUAAUGCCCCAACAGAAUGGAUAACCCAUAACAAACAGCAGCAUGUAUGUAUAUAAUUCAUCUCAACGAGAAUCUAUUGUAUCCCGUGCGUCGUCUUAAGGGUUCAACGAAUGUACUUCUAUUAUUUAAUACCUCUGCAUCAUUCUUUGUGAAAAUAAAUUACAAAUAU